AUGUGCACCAACACACAGGGAGGUGGUGCCCGGCCUCCCAAAGCCCGCCCUUCGCCGUGCGACGGAAGGAUUAGUGUGCCGGACCGCGGAGGAAGGCGCCAUUCACCGAGCGGUGGCGGCAGUAGUGAGGACGGGGGAGGCAUGGAUGGCCUGAGGGGCAGCAGCCGCAGCUGGGGCAUGAGCGACAACGACGGCUUGCGAGGCUCGAACCGGGGCUGGAACUCCACCGAGUCGGACGGGCUGCGGGGUGGAUCAGAAUGGUUAAACAGCGGCACCAGCAGCAGUUGGAGCAGCCGGGAUAACUGGAAAUCAGAGCUAACAAGAUGGGAGAGCGAAGCUGAAUACUUAUGCUUUAAUACAGAGAAAAUGGAAAUGGGAAAUGUUCAUUCGGCCAAUCUAGCUCUCCCUGUCGGUAUGAUGAGUGGUGGUGACUACGAGCGUAGCUCUUAUGGGAGCUCCAGGUCUUACCUGGAAUCGUAUCCUAGUAGGAAUGAGAGGUUUGGACCUUAUGAGUCGCAUGACUCCAGGUCUGCUCUGGAUGGCCGUGAUCUGUAUAGAUCUGGCUACGAUUUACAUGAACCAGGACGAAGUCGCUUUGGGGAUAGCUAUCCUGAUCGAUCCGAGAGCUCCUACAGGAAUUUCGGUGAUCAAUACCUUGACCCUUAUGAAGGUAGAAGCCAGAGCCGAUUAUAUGAUAAUGGCAGGUCUAACUGGGAUGACACCUACACACAUUCAAGUUCAAUGCCUAGGGUGUGGGCUGAUUCGGAUACGGGAAGAGGAAGUUACUCUUCCUACAGCAGCUUUUCUACACUCCUUUCGAAGCCUUCAUCUGUAGGCUCUCGGGGGAGGGGAAUGCUUGCUUAUUCUGGCAACGAAUAUGGAGGCGGAUCCAUUUCGAUGAUGGGAGGACAAGGAGGAGGCAGAGGUCGAGGCAGAGAACUGUCAGAUGUAGAUAUGUACUCAAGAUCUGGGAAUAAUCAGUCAUACAACAGAGGUGGGUUUGCAUCAAAUUUUGGAAGAGGCAUGAAAAGGAAAGGGAUACAAGCCAACAAAGCUGCAGUAAAGAAACAGAAACUGGCAGCUGCUGAAAAAGCUCUCAAAGCGGCUGCAGCCAAGGCAGCUAACCAGGCUAACAAUGGAGGAACUAAGACUACCACAUCAAGUACAGGUCAGGAUCAGGAACUGAAGGAUGAAGAUUUUACUAAAGAUGCAUAUGAGCCAGAUGCAUAUGAAUGCUUUGACAAAAAUGAAGGUAAAAAGAAAACUGAUACUGAAGAUGAAGAGGAGAAAAAGAAACUUGAGGCAAGAAGAGAAAAGCAACGACGGAGGCGUGAGAAGAACACUGAAAAAUAUGGAGAGGAUUACCGGAAUGCGUUUACGUGUUCCCUUUGUAAGUUUCGAACUACAGAGGAACAAGAGAUUGAAGCUCACCUGGAAACUCCCUACCAUAAAGAAACUCUUGAGUUCAUUGGAAAGAACAUUCAGUUUGAAAAAGGAGCUGCAGAUUUUCUUCAUGCAUCUAUGGUAAACAAGAAUAAGAAAAUUGCAGCUCGUAAACAACUGCAACAGCAGGAACAAAAGGAGCCAGCACAGAAGCUUUCAAAGGAUGUUUUGAUGGGUGUUGCUUCAGAUGAUCAGAUGAAAAAAGUUGAAGCUGUUCAGUGCGCUGUCUGCAAUACCUAUAUCCCUUUCCUGUUUCACUCUGUACAGCAGCAUUUGAAGUCCAAUGAACAUACCAAUAGCAAGAAGAAUUAUCAUGACCAGGUUAGAAGGGAGAGUCUCCUCACGGCUAGUAGCAUGCUGAACAACCCAACUGUAAAGGCUAAAUUUGAUCUUUUCUUAAAGGGUGAGAACCCUUUUGAAAAUCCUCAGGAGCAGCAACAGCAGCAGCAGCAGCAGGAGGAGCAGCAAGAGCUUGAACAGCAGGAGGAGGAAGAGGAGGAGAAACAAGAACAGGAAGAAAAACAGGCAGAUGAACCAAAAGAUCAAGCACUGGAGCAAGAGGAAAACCAAACUGAGAUGGGGGAAGGGGCAUGUGAGCUGGCUGACCAGUAGAGACUUCAGGAAGAGCAGGUAGUUUACUUUGUUCUACAUCUGUAAAAAAAAUGCAGCAGUAAUGAGAAAGAUGCUUCCCUGCUAUCCUCAAAAGUGCUGUUGUGAUGGUUUAAUAUGCCUUGGCUGAUUGUAAUCACAAUGCUUUCUCUGCAGCCUAUUAAUGUGUUUUUUUUUGUUAACAGAAUAGUGAUUAGUUUUCCAUAAAUAACCAUGUAUUAAUGGAGGAAAUGCUUAAUGAGUAAUUGAAAAGAGUAAAAGGAAAAGGGGUUCAAAUGAGUCUUUGAGUUCUCAAAUGUAGAACAAUAUUCAUGUCCUUUAAAGAAUUCUUUGUACAUUUUGGUGCGUCUGGUGUUUAGAACCUUGUCAUUAACACAGCUUAUGUUGCAUAGUUUAGAAAGGCAAGGAAAUGCUGUAAUUUUUUUUCUUAAAAAAUUAUAUUGUAAUCAUUUAGAAUACAGUUGUUGCUUAGCUACUGAUUCACAUUAAAAGGUUUUGCUCAUUUUCUCACAUUGUAACGUCAAAGUCUGGCUUGAUCGUUUUUUCACUGAUGUGAGCCUGUGUACCCUCUUUGUAUGCUAUUAAUGGGAAUAAAAAAAGAAUUUUUAGAUAUGUAA